UAGUGAACCACACGAUCGUGCUAUUUUAAGAGCUUUACAAUCAGACUAUGCCCCUAAUAAACAAGUCAGAGGUGACCCUGACCAUACUCUUUUUAUUGCACGUCUCAACCCAAGAACAACACAAAGUAUGAAAGUAUUUCAAGCUUGGAUCGUGUGUUACGGGAGAUGCAUAAAGAAUAUAUAGAUGGUAGUGAGAUAAUUGUUGAAAGAGAGGCAGAGAGGAGGCUGCAAGGCUGGCGACCGAGGAGACUUGGUGGGGGCUUUGGAGGACGAAAAGAAUCUGGACAACUGAGAUUUGGCUGCAGAGACAGACCAUUUAGAAAACCCAUUUUGAUAACUCAAAAUCAAAAAUGAUGUAAUUAUAUAGUCAUGAAAAUUACAUAUUUUUUAAAACUGUUUUUCAAAAAGACUUACACCCUACCUAAAUGUAAUCUAUGUGGUCAUGUCUUGUUACAAUAUAAUGAAGAUAAUCAAUAAUGUCAUAUUUUUAAAUAAUGAGUAAUGAUUGUUGUAAGGAUUUUAAAGGAUGGUGCAAAGCUUUCACAAGAACUGAGACUUAUUUGUCAGUGCUACAAUUAGUAUUUCUUGUAAUUUUUAUUCUGAGUUUAAUCUUCACUAUUCUUCACUUUAUUGCUUGCUUUAAAAAUAAAGAGAAUAGUGACAUUGCGGAAGUGAUUGAAACAAGUACAAGCACGACCACAACUGGCGAACCAAUAUUUGAGGACAUAUCAACAGAACAUCUCACAAGUCAAACUCGAACAUUGGCCAAGGAGAUAAAAUGUACUUGGACACCAUCCGUAAAAACAACUGCUGUUACACAUUAUUAUGAUAGUGAUUUGAUAUCAUCCACAUCUGCCAAAGAUCAAGUGCUAGUGGUAUCCAAUAAAACUGAUAAAAAUACUCAGAAAUCUGGUAGCAGUGAACUGAAUCCAUCAUUCCAGUCAUGGACUCCUACAGAAUUCUCCACUGAUGACAACACAGAGAAAUCAUAUGAUGGAGAAUAUGUAGAUGAAAUAAAAAAAGGUUACCUUUUGGCUCUUGUAAAGAUUAAGCCUCCACGAGAUAUAACAUUUGGAUGCAUACUGACCAUUGUGGCUAAAAGUUGGACUGUAACUGCCGCGAGUUGCAUAGAGGCAAUCGAGGAGGUGGAUUCUUUAGACUCUUUCGUUAUGGUAAGAGGUUUUGGCGAAAAGGAUGAAGAAAAUAUUUAUAUAGUGUCCGACAUACUGAUACAUCCACUGUAUCAAGGUGUGAAUGCGACCUACGACCUCGCCGCUUUAAAAUCUGAAGGAAGUGUUGCAAGGGAAACGAAUCAAAUCAUAACACUCCCAACUAUGGUGGACUAUUUUUCAGUGACAAUCGGCGAGAGCUUAACCAUUCUUGGAUAUGGAAAAUAUAGAAAUUUAGACAAAGACCCUCGGUCCCGAAGAGUGCGCUCGGUGCGGGUGCGCCGCCUGCCGGCGCCGCAGUGCGCGCGCGGCGACGCGUGGGCGCCGCGCCACCUGUGGGGCGCGCGGGGGGCGCGGCGCGCGGCGUGCGGGGCGGGCGCGCUGUGCGCCGGCGCACUGCGGGCGCGCGCGCGGCCGUGCCACUACUGCGCCGGCGCGCCGCUGCUGCGCCGCCGCGUGCUGCUGGGCGUCAUGAGCGACAACCCGCAGUGCGGCGCGGCCUGCGAGCCCGCGCUCUACGUCAACUUGGCGCUCCUCCGCGGCUGGCUCGACUCCACCAUUUAUUCCGAUUGAUUUUAUUUAACGAUACCACUAUUCGAUGUUCCACGUCUGCUCUUUGCGAGCUUCCGAUCUCGUCGACGGGACGUCUGGUUCGGCGCCUUUUGUCAAUAUGCAUUAAAAAAGAAUAAAAUUGACGCAUGUCAUUUUUGA